GUUUGGAAGCUUCACGACCACCGGUGUGCACUUUUUCUGGCCCAAGCUCAGAUCAUUUGGCAAAGACCAAAUGCAUUGAAAAGGAACCCAAGGGCAUCGGAGCAGGGAGCACGAUGGUUCGCUUAGCAGUUUGCUUCCUUUUUCUACGUAUCGGCUUUGCAGCCCUUGACAGGUACCACAAGGUGGAGAGCCUUGUGGGGCAGAACUUCUUUGACUCAUGGAAUUUUUACAGUGGACCUGAUCCCACGCAUGGCACUGUGGACUUUGUGCCGUACUGGGAAGCGCAGGACAAGAAGCUGAUUUCCAGCACCUCUGAUAAAAUCCUUGUCAUGGUCGACAACACCACAGUGCUCGAAGGAAAGGCUGGGCGACCUGCGGUGAGAAUCGAAUCCAAGAAAAGCUACAAUGGUGGCCUGUUUGUAUUGAAACUGGACCAUGUUCCAACAGCUUGCGGAGCUUGGCCGGCCUUUUGGAUGUUUGGAGAUGAUGCGCAGCACUCAUGGCCACGUUGGGGAGAGUUCGACAUUCUAGAGUCGAUUCAUAUGCUGGACUACGCUACCACAACUCUGCACACGCGUGAAAGCUGCGACCAGCGAGCCGUAAAUGAAGGCAUUGACUUCGUUGGCCAGGGCUGGGCAGCUGGCACAGACGGCAACCAGAAGGCUAAGAACUGUUGGGUGAAAGCUCCCCAACAGUAUGACAAUCAAGGGUGUGGACAGAAGCUUCCGAAAGGCUCCUUUGGCCCGGCCUUCAAUCGAGCAGGAGGUGGUACCUUCAUUGCAGAGUGGGAUCCAAUUGUGAACAAGCGGCUCCGCACCUGGUUCUUCCCCGCCGGGGAGGAGCCGGAGAUUGGCGAUCACCCCGAACCGGAUCUUUGGGGCGUGCCCAACUCUUUCUUCACCUUGAACGAACGGUGGUGCACGGCAGCCCACUUCAAGAACAUGCGUAUGGUUUUCGACACCACCUUUUGUGGCGACUAUGCUGGUGCUUCCUUUAAUGGCUACUGUGGAUGGACUCAUAUGCAAUGCGAAGAUUAUGUUCGCUCCAAACCAAGUGCUUUUAGUAGUGCGUACUGGGCCAUUAGAAGACUGGAUGUGUACCAAAAUGAUGCAGUUGCCUCCGCAGCGCCUCCUUCCCAAUCUUCUGGCUUUUCAGGGUUUGGACUUUUUCUCCUUGUGGUCGUUGCAGCUUUGGCAAUCGGCAUGUGCUACCUCCAGUGCAGCGCUCGCCGGUUGGAAGCCAUUUCAAACGCGGCCAAGCAGAGCUUCAAAGGCACCGAGGUCUCAGUCGAGUCUCCACCUUUGGGUACUCUUAGUCCAUCGAAGAAGCAGAGAGAGCUUUUCCUCAAAGACAGGGACCCAAACUCUCCCAACAGAGCCAGUGAUUUUGAGCCUGUACCGUCAGGAGGUUUCAGUUGGCACCGACUGUGGUUGAUGAUGUGCUGUGCUAAUGACCCUCCUCCACAGUAUGCCAACUCUCGCCCUUCUGGAUAUGGCGACGUGCCACCAGUCAGUCCCGGUGGCAUGAACUCGAGGGCCUCUGACGCUUCAAAUCCAAUUCCGCCACCUGCUGUAAGUCGGCAGCCGUCACUUCAGGGCAUGCGACAGGGCUCCGGCGUGCUAGUGCGGCAGCCCUCUGGAGCAUUGGUGCGGCAGGACACAGGCGUUGUGGUCGUCCCAGCUCCGUGAUGCUCCUGAAAGUGCUCCUGAUGUCCUCGUGUACUGUCGAGGCCAAGCUUUUCGACUUGUGAGGUUUGCACUGCAACUGGCAAACCAGGGACAGUAAAAGAGAGAGGAAAGAAACUGGAGCAAUUUAGCAUUACAGUACGCUGUAGGAACAUUAUGCAGGCCAGAAUGUGACCAUGCACCAAAAAGCCACACGG